CCCACAUGAUGCCUCCCUCCCUCCCUUUUCUCACCCUCUCUUUCACCCAGUCUCGAUCACGCCAAGCAGUCUAUUUUUAGGCGCCUCAAAAGAUGACGCCAUGGCUCUAAAGUAGGAAGGACCGUGCACUUCUCCCUCUUCGCACUUCCUUCUUCCAGCCCCCCUUCCCAAUCCCCCAACGUUCCUGACGGUGCCAUGGCCCUGCACAUCACCCGCGCGCGCCCUGCACUCCCUUGGUAUAACCCGCGCACUGCAUUCCUACGCACAAGCAGGCAGAUCAGUAGUAGCAGCGACGAUGAAGCAGCCAUCCGCCAAGAUGUUCUUUCUCUUCCCUCUUCCCUCUUCCCUCUUCCUCCUUCCCUCUUCCCUCUUCCCUCGUCUUCUUCCAUUCCUCCUUCCCGAUCUCCUGCCAGUCUCAAAGGAGCUAUGGCCCUGUGCUUUACCCAAGCCCUGCACUCCUAUGCCCUGGUGGGCCGGUCACUGGUAGCAACGAUGAAGCAGCCGUCCACCAAGAUGUUCUCCCUCUUCACGCACCUGGCAUGCCACCCCCUUCCCUCUCUCAGGUUGGAUGGUGCAAUGGCCCUGCACGUCAGUCGAGGCCUGCGCGUCAGUUGAGCCCUGCGUGCAGAUCAGUGGUAGCAACAAUGAAGCAGCCCUCGGCCAAGAUGUUGCCCCCCUUCACGCACGUGCUGCUGCUCAUCACCCACGGCAAUCCAACCUUCUUCCCUCAUCCUUCCCCCCUCUCCCCACUUCCCCCCCGCUCCUGGUCCCAGUCUGGAUGGAGCUAUGGCCCUGCGAAUCACCAGGGCGCUGCACUCCUAUGCGCUAGCAGGCAGAUCAGUGGUGACCAUGCUGAACCAGCCGUCCGCCAAGAUGUUCUCCCUCUUCACUCACCUGCUGCUCAUCCGCUCUUCCUCUGUGCAGUCUCGAUGGAGCUAUGGCCCUCCGCAUUACACGAGCCCUGCACUCAUACGCCUUAGCCGGCCGAUCCGUAGUAGCCACCAUGAAGCAGCCAUCCGCCAAGAUGUUCUCCCUCUUCACGCAUCUGCUGCUCAUCACCGACGGUAACCCCAUCUUCUUUGGCGCAGCGGGCGCUGCUCUACCCUACUUUGACUCCAUCGGCUACACCAUGGGAGCUGAUACAAGCGCUGCCGAAUUCUUUCUGGAUCUGACAGCCCCCGAAGCAGCAGAUGCGUCCAUUCACUUCGGCACGUCCACCAACCUCAUCCGCCUCUGGGCCACCGGGGACGCUGCCAGGGAGAUAGAGCGGGCUGCCAUGCCCUCGACAGCUGCCACAGUGUCCCAGGCGUCUGCUAAAAGCGGGGAGGGGGGUGAGGGUCAGGGGAAUGGGGAUGUGGAGGUGGGGGAGGGAGUGGGGGAGGGUACUAGAGUGAGGGAUGUCGAUGCGAGUAUGGACUGGAGGGGAGUGAGUGGGGGGGGGGAGGGGGAAUCGGAGGUGGCGGACGAGGAGGAGGAGGGAGUGGGAAGAGGUGGGUAACGUCGUGGGGUUUGCAGUUUCGGGUGCUGGCGCAGCGGCACCUGCUGUCGUACCGGGUGGUGAAUCAGGACUGGAUAUUUGUGGCUGUUGUGGCGGUCAGCCUGCUCGUUUGCACCUUAUUGCCAGGUGAGGCAUGCUGGCAGGUGAGGCAUGCUGGCAGGUGAGACUGGUAGAGACCCUAGGGCACGUGCGGUCGUACCGGGUGGUGAAUCAGGACUGGAUAUUUGUGG